CCAUAUUCAAGUAUCGGUCUGAUCAGUGUUUUGUAAAGGACAAUGAGAGAGUGAGGGUUGGUAAAGUCCUUUGUUGAUCUAUGAAUAAAUCCCAGUAAUGAAUUUGCCCUGUUAAUAAUGUUGGAAAUAUGCUCCGCUGGAUUUAAGAGCCAUGCCUUACCUGGAUGAUGAUGAUCCUGUCAGAUUAAGUGCUUAUCUACACCGAGCAAAUGGAUAUACUGCUCCCACCAACCGUGAAGAGAACCAUUCAGAUCCUCUUUACUCCAGAAGCCCUCUAUGCAAGCCAGAAUACAUAUACACUAAACCAUUAAGAACACUAUUUGUACAUCCGACUGACGAAGAUGAUGUAAACUUGGUUGAAGAUGUAGAUGUAGAGUCAGUGACUGCGCCGUUGGAUCCACCGUAUGACCAAAACAAGGCUAUCAAUGUGAUGCAGGAGACUGAGAGACAUGUGACAUCACAACACCAGGGACAGUUCAAUCCUGAGUGGGAGGACCAGAUACCAAAGAUAAAUUGGUCCAACAUGCAAGCUCGGCUGUUCAACCGUGUGAUCAGACUGUUACACAACGAUCGUCUGGCCAGGCUGGCCUGCGAGGGUGAUGUCAACGAGCCUGUGUGUCGACGCAUUGCAGUGGACAAGACGGCCAGGCGACUCAGACAGACUCUGGCCUCAGUCGCGUGGAACAUCAAGUACACUCAGUGGCUUCAUAACGUCCUCAUGGACUACCUCCCGACAGAUUAUCUAGUGUCGUACUUGGACGCCUUACAGACUGUCAAGUCCAAAGUGCCGACUCUAGUGGAGCGUAUGGUCGCCUCAGUUACCACUCGAGCACUGGUGUCUCCGAGUCAUGAGCUGCUCAGCAUCAUUCACAAGAGACCCUGGGACCCUGUCAUUGGAGGGGUGUUCAGGCACAAAAUGAAAAAACUACCGAGAGAGCCGAUUUUGGUGAUGGUCCCUGCUGGGCCUGGCGCUGGUAACACUUCUCACUCUCGCACUCAUCACUGGAUGGCCAACCUGUCUGCUCUUGGCACUGUCGUCUGCGUCUACUCCCCUCCAGCUGACGUAGGAAAACCCACUUGGAGGCUGGUAGGUAAAGUCAGUGUUGCCAACUGUUUGGACCAUAUGUUGUCCUCUACGAAGGCAAAGGUGGCAGAACUGCACCAAGACUAUCCGGACAAACCAAUAGUUCUUGUGGGAAUCGGCUCAGGAGCAGCCCUUGCCUUGCAGGUAGCUCUAGGGGAGAAGGUGAAGGCUGUGGUAUGUCUGGGAUUUCCUAUGUACACUGUGGAAGACAACAGAGGCACUCCGGACGAUGCUCUGCUCAAUCUGACAGUCCCUACACUGUUUGUCACAGGCCAGAACGCAGCCACUUCCACUUUGGAUGACCUGGAAGACUUGAGAGAGAAGCUAAACACCGUGACAUCUCUGGUGUUGGUGGGAGGAGCUGAUGACCAACUUAGGUUGACCAAGUCCAAGAAGAAAUUGGAGAAAGUCACACAGUCCAUGGUAGACAAGUGUGUUAUGGAUGAAGUAGGUGACUUCCUUGGAACGCUGUUGUCUCCGGACUACCUUCCUCCCACUAAACCUCGAGUGGCUCACCAUGUAGAGCCUCUAUAUUACCCCAGACCUCGGCCUGUCAUGAAGCCUGUCGUGGAACGCAAGAGGAAAAUUGACAUGAUCAGUCCUGACGCAGUGCUACCAGUCAAAAAGGGACCGGGUCGCAAGCCCAAGAUCUCCAUGAUGCAGAAGAUGGUACAAAACAAAUGGGCAGGACAGUUGCCAGUGACACCAAGUGAAGGAGUACGCUCUCCCGUGUCACAGGGUUCUGUAGCGACAAUUGGUGGUGGAAGACAAGUGACAUUAGAAAAGAAGCGGCUUCAACAGAUCUCUGUCCCACCCAAGCCAGUGAACCCUGCGGAAGGCACAAUCACUGUGGUAGCUGCUAGCUCUCCGUCUCUCAACAACGCAGUUAAAAGUCGCUUAUCUGCAGGCCAGCUGACAUCGUUAACCUCAAUCCUGCCGCCAGGAUCUCGAGGUGUCAUUUCUCCAAGUCGCAGUGGUUCCAAGGACUUGACAAUACAGAAUGUAUCGGAGCCACCUUUGCUGGACGAGUUGAACAUCCUGGACAUGCCAGUUAUCCUGGGGGAUCAAGCAGACGAGUUGCUGCCCCCUCCUCCGGCUACCCCUCAGCCAGUCAGGCUGGUGUUAGCCAACAAGGCGCCACCUCUCAAGUGCACCAAGAUAUACAUCAGCAAGGGAGGAAAGGGAGGCAAGGAGCGCAAAACUGUGUACAUCGGUGACAUCAAAACUGGUGACAAAACCGUGUCCAAGAUACGACAGAUUCCCGCUACCAAGAAUACACAGUUUUUUUAGGUAUUGUGUUAGCUUUAAAUGUGUAACUUUCAAUUUUUUUCCAACUGUACAGUAAAGUUUGAUUUUAUUUACA